AUGGGAGGCGCCGAAGUUUACUGUGCCAUAUGUGGCGGACCCGUCAACGUGCCCUUUUGGGAGGAUGGAGACGAGGAAGAGUACACCUACGAUCUCACAGUCGUACAGGAGGACAGGCUCGACCUGGAAUGGCUCAAAGACGUCAGAGUCAUCGGCGAAGAUCCGGCGAGCACUGGACUGAGCAGAAUCUGGGUAUCUGGCGUUGCAAGCCAUGAUGAGCAUGGCUACUUCGAUCUGGAAGAAGGCGACCCCGUAAUGGAACUAUUCGAGGAAGAUUCUUUGCGAACGUAUGCAUACAAAGGUCAUGACUCGUUUGCUGUGCCCUACCAUCAGACAUGCCGGACACUACUAUCCAAGUACCUCAAUGUCGGAAAUGACGACAUUGACAAUGACGGAAAUGACGACACUGAAGAUGACGGAAGUGACGGCAUUGACAAUGACAUGUUUUUCCAAGUCUUGCGUCAGUCGGCGGAUACUUCAGAGUAUGCACAAGCCCUGAAGCUGGACUAUGGGAGCGUGUCCAAGAACCAAGAGCAGUAUUGGGUCGUGAGCCGCGGCGACGAACACUUCGUGCAUUCGCCAUUGGAUAUCCCGUGGCUUGAGCGGUACUUGGUCAGAAUCCCCUGGAUGGAGCAUGAACGUCCCAUGCAUUAUGCUCCGGAAAUAGGACAGUAUGAUUAUGCAUCAGAUCGGCUCUCCACGCUCCCAAUAGAGCUCCGCUGGUCUAUCCUCCUCCAUCUUGACAUGCGGAGCUUGAUGUUCCUGUUUUUUACAUGCAAAACACUAUACGCCACACAACAAUCCAGUUCGUGGUGGAGGCGCAAGUUGUUGGUAGACAUGCCCUGGCUGUUCGAAGUCGCCUCCAUCGAGGCCGUUGUCACGGAGGAGUGGGCUCGGGUGUACAAAGACAUGUGGCUGGCAAGCAGAUAUACACCCUCUGCUCACAAGAUAACCGGCCUUGCGAACCGCCGCCGCAUCUGGGAAGAGAUUCUGCCUCAGAUAGCCGGCCCGUACGAAAAGCUGCAGGAGGAAAAUGCUCGGGAUCUUCCCGACAUUCUCAGAGGCGCAAGCUCCACGGGUUUGCAAAGACUUAUCAGUCCAGAGCCUGAAGUCAACUCGUCCUUCAGGUAUUAUUUCGCACAAUCUAUAGCAGGACUAAAGGAUGCCCGGAUUGAGUUUCAUGUGCACCUUGACCAGGAUCAGUUCAUCAGGGGCCUUCAUUUUGCAGAAGGGCAGCAGAGUUCUGCGCAAGGCGAUCCAACGCAAGACGCUUUCAACUUUCCUACCACUGUUGAAUCUGUCCAAGUACCAGCCAAUGACUGCUUGGCCGGCAUCAUCGUGACGAGCCGCGAGAUUCCCGAGGGCGAGGAAGGAUCUCGGAAGAUUGUUGGCUUGGAGUUCCUGCUCGGAAGCUCCACGUCUCAGCUAGUCGGAUCAACUAAUGGUGACAAACGCCUGAUCCAUGUUUCGAAGGGCAAGAUUGCUGUCGGGGUCGAGACUUUCAGCUCGCCAGAAGGCGGCCUCUCGAGACUCUCCUUACUGCAGCAACCCGCGCUCCUUGCUCGCGGCAUUGACAGGCUCAGCUCGCAAGGCUCGACUCCGGACCACGUAAACCUCGAGGCCGCCAAGUUCCUCUGGCGCAAGCAGAUCCCUCCUCCAGGAGUACAAAUAUCUGAACAUCAUGCGGGAUAUUGGAGUUAUGCGAUGGAAAAGGAUCUUAGUCCCAUGGAGCCUCUUAUAUUCGGGACGACAAAUGCAGAGCUAGCAGACAUCACAGCUAUUGCUAUCGAUGUGUUGUUUGGAGGGAUUGAAGUGCGGUAUGGAAGCCGCCCAACCCGCUCGAUUGGGCCUCGCAACCUGGCGAUGAAGACUCUGACCAUUGAUGGACAAGGCGGGGAAAGAGUGGUCGCCCUAAACUAUGUCGUGAAUUAUAUCCCCAUGGGGAUACGCAUCGUCACCAACUAUGGGCGACAGCUGGUUGUUGGCCAAGCGAGCCGGAGGCAAGAGGAGUUGGUGCAAUAUCCUCCUCAAGACUCCGAAACAAAGCAGUUUGCCCACCUGGUUGGAAUGUACGGAUUCUGGUCCAGUCGUGAGACACCAAAGUCAAGACUUGAAGCCGUCGGGUGCCUCUUCGCCGCUGAGAUGGGCGACCAGCACGCACCCGAGAUGCCCAACCUCGCCUCCGGUCAAAGUCGUAUAUGGGAACCCUCAGCUCCGUCCGGCGUGGAAGAGAUAGGUCCAAUUCUCGGCGAUUUCUCUGUGAAGGAAUCGUUGGGGAUAAAUAGCCGGACUCUUGAGGUAUUGGAUCGUUGCCCGACCGUCUCCUGGAUAGAUUGCAGUCGACCUCUCUUGGAGGUGCGAGUGACACUCUGCCACAGCUUCGAAGAAAAGCAAGUCCCACUGUCUGCUAUCACCUUCAGAUACGCCGAUGGCGCGAAGGAAGAGGUGACCAUUGGCCCGGAAGUACAUUCACAGUCUCCCAUUGACAUCCAAGGGAUUGACAAUGACUGGUGCUGGUGCAGUCUCAGUGGAAGGAAGGCUGAAGACGAAUUGAGCAUCCAUCCGCACUACAAGCGUCAUAUGUGGGAACUAGGAGGUAAGCGCCUUCAAAGCGUACGGGUCUUUCUCUCGCCCAUUGAUGAAGAAGUUGGGCGCGGUAGUCGGCUUGCAGGUAUUCAAUUCAUUGCAGAGGACGGUUCUGAGUCUCCCAAAUGGAGCCAUUGGAAUUUCUCUUCGGAUGAUGCCUAUGUCAUCGAGAACAUAUCGUUUAAAGAUGAAAGGAUUGGUCUGAAACUCUUUAUGGGUGAGACUCGCCGUUCGGUUACCUACGAGGAUUCAAUCGUCUAUGCUCUACAGGCUAUGGCGAGGUUGGACUGA